AUGCCCACAUCUAAACCCGAGGACGUCUCUUAUCGCAUUUUAUUUGAUCAGGAGCAUGAGGAAGACGACAUUGAAGGCACCGCCUCGUCAACCACAAGAGCUGGCUCAAUAGAGUCCUUUGGGAAAUCAUUCCAGAUACCACAACAGCCACACAUGUCACCAUACAUCGAAACCAGACGAUCGAGCAGAGAGAAUAUAUUAUCGUGGAUUCGCUGGUCGCUUAUUCUCCUCCUACAACUUCUCAUCAUAGUCCUUUUGGUACGCCCGGUGCCAGAAAAGGGCGACAACUGCAUCCUGUCGGGCAAGGAAGGAUUUGUGGAAACUGGUGAUGAUAUCAAUGGACUGUAUAAAACUUUAUCUCAUACAUACACAUUCCUCAAACCGGAGGAAGACAAAUACGUCCCAAAUAUGACUUCCAACGACAACCGGAUGGAAGUUCGGAGAAACUGGGAUCUGUUAAUGCCACUGGGCAGUGGAAGUAUUCUGGUUCCGGAUUAUAAGGAACACCCUCUGCUUGGCGAUCCCAUAACCGACGAUCCCAUCAGAUCCGGACCUAUCUUUGAGGCCUCCUGGACACAUGCACUACAUUGUCUAUACUACGCAGUUGACAGUUAUCACCAACUCGUCGUCAACGGACCAAGCGAUUCGGACAACCCUUAUCACGCUGCUCACUGUUUCGAGUAUCUACGGAAUAACAUUCUUUGUAACCUCGACAUGACGCUUGAGGGAUCCAUGUCCACCCCAAGUGACAAGGAACGAGGACAGCCUCAUGUGUGCAGGAAUCGUGCCGAGGCCAUUGAAUGGAUUGAAAAGAGAAGAGCGGAUGAUUUACAAGAUAUUGUUGGUCCUUAG